AAGGCGAACGAGCCGCUCAUGUUUCCCGGCCAGCCACCGUCCUCGUGCGGCGUCCACCCGGCGACGUCGUCCAGCUUCCAGCCGUGGUUGGAAGCCCCGGCCCCGCAGCCGGUGGUCCUCCACGCGCAGGUGCCAUGCGCGGCUCUGGCCGGCGUCCAGGUGACGCUGGAGAACCGCGACCUCUGGAGCAAGUUCUACGCCAUCGGCAACGAGAUGAUCAUCACCAGGCCCGGCAGGCGCAUGUUCCCGGUGAUGCAAGUCAGCGUGAGCGGCAUGGAGCACAGCUGCUACUACAUGCUGCUGCUGGACCUGGUGCCGACGGACAACUUCCGCUACCGCUUCCUGGGCAACUGCUGGCUCCCCGUCGAGGCGGCCAACGACUGCUCGCCCGAGGACUGCGUGGGCGGCGACGGCAGGCCGUUCCUGCACGAGAACGGGCCCUGCCUCGGCUCCCAGUGGAUGAUGAGGCCCGUCAACUUCGGCGCCGUCAAGCUCACCAACCAGAAGAGCAACACCGCGCAGAAGGCGAGCGACCCUCAUUUGUUUGUAAGGACACGCGCAAACGCACGCGCAAACACGCACGCGCGCACGCGUGCUGAGAGUGCGCUGUGUAUGCUCCUCGUUCUUCUAGGCCAUCGGCUAGGGCGGAGGAGAGUGCACGAUAGAAAGACGCGCUCUGAAAUAAACAAUGCAGCGCGAAUGUCGUACACAACUCGUUCGAUAAAGACAGAAAAAGAACGCUCCGUGUGCCUGACCGUGCAGUACCGUACUCGUUCGUUGCAGAUGAUGCUGCAGUCGAUGCGCAAGUACGUUCCGCGCGUGCACGUGUUCGCCGGCAGCGACGUGCAGCAGCUCGACUACCGGCGCUUCAAGACGUUCGUGUUCCCGGAGACCGGGUUCAUCUCGGUCACCUCCUACCAGAACGAGCAGAUAAUUGCGCUGAAAAUACAGAACAAUCCGUACGCCAGAUCGUUCUGCAGCAACACUGACAGGAGAAAUGCUCUCAAGCGUUUGAUGGCGGAAGAAUCAGCGUCCGACGAAGACACGAACGGUCACAACAGCGCAGCGCGACAGUCGUCCAGGACCGAAAGCCCUGAAACAUAUUACACCUCGUCCACGACUUGUAGCACUGCGACGGCACUUCACCAGCGCUUGACGAGCAUGGGCCCGUCACUAGCGAGCGGAUACGACGUGAAUACGGCUCCGUCUUUGCCGCCCACGUACGCCCCGUACACCUGCUCGACGCCGUCUCAGUCCCUCUUCGGUUUGCGCGGUGCCUGCUCGACCGGUCUGGACUGGUACUCGCCGCUGUACAAUCUAGCUCAACAGCUGUACUACUCUCCCGCACCUCCUUCGGCGACGGCCGGAUCGUGCCGCCCGUACGUUCCUUCGCCGUACCUGAAUGCGUCUACGGCACCUGUGAUGUCACCGUUCUUUCUGCCGGGACUCGUCGGCUGUGGCCAAACCACCAAUUCCGCAGCCAUGCCGGUGCCGUCGAUUCCGCCGACGUCGUCUGCUACACCGAUGUCGCGUGCCGUACCGGCGUCGUCUGCUGCCUCGUCGUCGUCUGCUCAGUCGAGGCCGUCUGCGACGCCGGCGACUUCGACGUCGUCGCUGGCAACCGUGUCGUCUGCGACUGCGGUGUUUUCCGCCUCGCCACUGUCGUUCAGUACCACGUCAGCGUCUCAGCCUACCAAAAUUAAUUCGGCACUGUGA